CAGGUGACAAAAAUGAAAAGCAUGUACAUGGUGGCCGGUCUGCUUUUAAUGAUUGUUCAAAGUAGCUGGCAAAGUCCCCUUCAGGAAACAGAAGAGAAAUCCAGAUCGUUCAAAGCCUCCCAGGCUGAACCGUUAGAUGACUCUAGACAGCUGAAUGAAGCCAAGCGCCAUUCACAAGGUACAUUCACCAGCGAUUACAGCAAGUACUUGGACAUGAGACGAGCUCAAGAUUUUGUACAGUGGUUAAUGAACACUAAAAGAAGCGGACAACAAGGAGUUGAAGAGAGAGAGAAAGAAAACCUCCUGGACCAGCUUUCAAGCAAUGGGCCUGCCAGGCGUCAUGCCGAAUACGAGAGACACGCUGACGGCACCUACACCAGUGACAUCAGCUCUUACUUGGAAGGUCAAGCUGCCAAGGAGUUCAUUGCUUGGCUAGUGAAUGGACGAGGAAGAAGAGAUUUCUCAGAAGCAGCUGAUUCAGCCGACAACAUUGGCAGAAGACACGCGGAUGGCACAUUCACCAGUGAAUACCACAAAAUCCUGGAUGAAAUGGCUACCCAAGAGUUCUUGAAGUGGCUGCUUAACCAAAAAGUGACCCAGAGGGACUUGUUGGGAGAAUAA